UUAUAUAUUAAAUUAUUUAUAUAUUGAAUUAUAUAUUAAUUUAAGAAUUCAAGUGAUUAAGAUUUAACAAACUUUUUAAUUUAUUCCACGAAGAAAAAAAUAUAUUAAAAAUAGAAACUUUUACAAUAUGAAGAUAUUCGGUAGGUGGUUCGUGGUAAUGCAAUAAUAAAUCACGGACGUUGGACAAGCAAAUUUUUCAAAGGUUGGAUAUUGACAAUAACCUUCGAAAUAAAGAAGAAAUGGUGAAAACGAAUUUUCAAACGGGAAAAAUGGGCCUGUGCAUACUUUGUAAUGCCGAGUUUCAGGUACCUGAAAGUCAUAACUCUUAGACUCGUCAUGCUUUUCAAACUAAAUUUCGUUCAGGUAUAUCCUACGCUAACGUUUUCCAAACUUUUUCUACAACUUAGAACACUUCACAAAUCCUGAAAAUUUUAGCAGAACGAUUGUUAUUUUUAUAAGAUUUUUAUAAGAUAAAGGAUAGAUAUAAAUAAAUUAAAAUAUUGAUUUUAAUAAGAGGAACGGAAGAACGCGAAAAAAAGCGUCUGAUUUUUAAAUAUUUUCGAAUUUGUUUGAAUUUGCUUUAAUAUUUAAAAACAUAUAUUAAUUUUAGUUAAAUUCACGAAACAUUUAUUCACUUUUUGUAGAACGCAAUUUGAAAAACGCUGACCCUAUAUUUUUAAAUAAAAUGAAAAUGAAUCUGUUACCCAAACGGCAUAUCAUUGCUGUUGUAAUAAAAUGAAAUUUUUUUUUCUUCAUUAGAAAGGCUCAAGAUUACUUCAUUUUUUACUAAUUUUUUAUUAAUUAAAAAUUCACAUUAAGAUACGUAAUCAAAUGUUAAUCAGUGCUAUUUCUGAUAUUUAUAAAAUAGAAAUCUUUAUUUCUUUUAAAGGAUGUUGACAACCUUAACAGUCGGCAAUAAUGACCUUGAAACCAUUGGUAAUUAAAGGAGAUAAUUAAAUGUUCCGUUUUUGGAGAAAACUCUACAUGGUACAUUAAAUAUAUUUAAAUAUGUAAACAUAUCGAUUGUAAUUUUGAAUUUGUUUUUUUUUCGCAAAAUUAAAAUUGAUAAUAUAUUUAGAGAUUAAUAAUAAUUUAAAUAUUGAAUAAAUGUUUAAAACCUUGAAUCAUAUUUUUUUCGUUUCAAAGUUCAUUACUGAUGUCUGCGAAAGCAUAUUUAUAGAUUAGCCAGUUGCUUACAAUUCUGAUAACAGUUAAUAUCGUACGCGUAUUACAUUGGCAAAAUUAAUUUGAAAAUGAAAAACGGGAAUCAAAUAACCGCCGAAGCUUUGAAGCAACAGGGUAUCGAGUAUGUUUUUGGAAUAAUGGGACAUCCUGUGAUCGAUUUAGCUUUAUCCAUGCAAAUUGCGGGCCUUCAAUAUCUUGGAUUUAGAAAUGAACAAGCUGCAUGUUAUGCUGCGCAAGCUUAUGGAUAUUUAACGAGAAAACCAGCAGUAGUUUUAUGCGUCUCUGGGCCAGGAUUGCUUCAUGUUAUCGGAGGUAUGGCAAACGCUCAAAUAAAUUGCUGGCCACUCAUAGUAAUUGGUGGAUCUUGUGCUCAAGACCAUGAAGGUAUUGGAGGUUUUCAGGAAUGGCCACAGGUAGAAUCUAGUAAACCCUAUUGUAAAUAUGCUGUCAGACCGCCGUCUGCAAUAUUAAUACCGCUUCACGUGGAAAAAGCCGUUCGAAAUUCUAUUUAUGGUAGACCAGGUGUCGCGUAUUUAGAUUUACCAGCUACUAUCUUAAAUCAAUCAGUUGAUGAAGAAAAUAUAUAUAAAGUAGCGCAAUGUCCACCACCGCCACUGAUAUUUCCCGAUUAUCGACUUAUUAAACAAGCGGCUACUUUGCUUAUGCAAGCAAAAAAACCAUUGUUAAUUAUAGGAAAAGGAGUUGCCUAUGGAAGAGCAGAAAAUGAAGUUCGUAGUUUAGUAUAUUCAACCAAAAUUCCUUUUCUUCCUAUGCCAAUGGCUAAAGGUGUCGUUCCGGAUACCGAUGAACGAUGUAUUUCUAGUGCUAGAACAUAUGUAUUACAACAAAGCGAUGUCAUUUUAUUGUUAGGUGCUAGAUUAAAUUGGAUGUUACACUUUGGCAAAUCGCCUCGCUUCCAACCUGAUGUUAAAAUAAUACAGAUCGAUUUGUGUCCAGAAGAAUUACAUAAUUCUGUUUCUUCCGCAAUUGCAAUUCAAUCUGACAUAUCUACAGCUAUAGAAAGUCUUGUUACUAUUUUGAAAGAACACAAAUGGUCUAUUACAGAAAACAAUCCAUGGUGGAAAGAUUUAUUAGCUAAAUCAAAUAAAAAUAAAACAAUAAUACAAAAAAUGUCAAUGGAUACUUCAGUACCAUUAAAUUAUUAUGCUGUUUUUAGACAUAUUCAAGAUGUCCUUCCAUCUGAUUGUAUUAUUUGCUCAGAAGGAGCUAAUACUAUGGAUAUCGGAAAGAUGAUUUUAUUAAAUAAUAAACCGCGACAUAGAUUAGAUGCUGGUACUUUUGGUACUAUGGGUGUUGGCUUAGGUUUUGGUAUAGCAGCUGCUCUUUAUUGUAAAAAUUAUGCUCCUACAAAGCGAGUUCUUUGUAUAGAAGGAGAUAGUGCAUUCGGGUUUUCGGGCAUGGAAAUUGAAACAAUGUUUAGAUAUAAAUUGCCUAUUAUUAUUAUUAUUAUAAAUAAUAAUGGUAUUUAUAGUGGUUUUGAUAAAGAAACAUUCAGGCAAAUACAAGCUUCAGGUGAAUCAACACGAGUAACACCACCAAAUUGUUUAACAUCAGAAACACAUUAUGAAAAAAUGUUAGAAAUGUUUGGUCGCAAAGGACACUUUUGCACUACUGUAAAAGAUAUACAACAAGCACUUAAGAUAUGUCUUCAGACUACUGAUUCUCCUAGUUUGUUAAAUAUCAUGAUUAAUCCCCAGGCAGAUCGUAAACAACAAAAAUUUACUUGGUUAACAGAAUCAAAACUUUAAAUUCAUUGAUUUUAUAAAUUUUAUAACAUAUAAUUAAUGGUGAAAAAUAAAUGGUACAUAUAAAUAAUGGUAAAAAAAAAUGAAAAAAAUAUAAAUUUUAAAUUUAUUUAUAUUGUUUGUAAAAAAUAAAUGUAAAUAUAAAUAUACAAAAUAUUUAUUAAUAAAAUUAAAAAUUACAUGUUAUUUGAA